GUCUUUUGACAGUGGUCGGUGGUGACUGUGGUUCAUAAGAAGUCUGGUCUUUUACAGGCUUAAUCCACCCUACUUUUAUAGCAUACACCGUUUAUCAGCUCCACACCAACCCUGUCUUUAUAGCCUGCCGUCACCUUUGUCCUUCUCGCCAUGCAAGCCCUCUGCCUUUUUGACAUAAGUCACCGUAUGUAUUCGCCAUUCAGUUCAACACUCAAACGACAGUGGUCUAUUCAGGAUCAAACCAGGUGGAUCAGGCAGUCACUGACAUUCUUUCGCAAUUUUGUGAAGAGUUCCAUGUCAGUAAGGUUUUUCCAUCGCAGUUAGACGGUCAAUAAGAUGAGUACGCUGUUGGCCCCGAUGGAGUGUGGGAGUCUGCAUUCUCUCGCCUGCCGUGGCCUGACUGGUGUUGUGACCGUCACCUAUACAGUUGUUCAUUAACACACAGAGGGAAGACUGAUAGCGUAGCCACACACCGAGCUGGAGGAUUAUUGCUCUCAAGCUUUCACUGGGGAAGCAACGGGUGUGGAGGCAGUCUUCCGCAUUGUCUUUACUCAAACUCAGUCAAGGGUCAAAAAUCCCCGGAAAAAGUUGAGUUCUUUUUCUCAUUUGGACGCUGGACUGUGAAUCAAGGGGACUAACCGACGUCUGCUUUCUCACUCUGGAUCGAAUUGAUCUCGGGAGGCACUGAAACCUGAAAAGAACUGGAACAGAUUUUGUUGUUGAGAUGUAGGAACCGUGGACAAGACGAAUCAAAGACUAGAAUGAGGAUCAAGAUGAGUGGCUUGAACAGUUUGCCUUACCUGGCAGUGCUGGUCAUGGCAGUGAUUGGCAACAAGAUGCUGGACGACUGUCUGUCCUCCAAACGUCGAUUCACGAUGAACGUUGUGCUGCUGGAAGACAACACGUACGAGUGGAGUCUGCCCUUAGUGCAGGCUGCGGUGGAGCGAGCCAUCGAAGAGGACAGGAAGGAGAACAUUAAAAAUAAUUUAACCUUCACUUUGACAGCCAACUUCCAAGGCUUCAACACCACCGUGUACAACCGGCAGGGCUGUGGCAGCAGCACCUGUGAGGGUGUCGCCAUCCUCAAAAUGCUGCAUAAAAAUGGUGACGCUGGAUGUGUCAUGCUUGGGCCUUCAUGCACGUAUGCCACCUUCCAGUUGGUGGAUGAUGAAAUUGGCCUGACCUUGAGCAUUCCCAUCAUUUCUGCGGGGAGCUUCGGGCUCUCGUGCGACUACAAACCCAAAUUGACUCGGAUCUUGCCGCCGGCACGCAAGAUCUCGGACAUGUUCUCUCAUUUUCUGACGGCCCAUUUGCCAUUCAAAGAGGUGUGGAAGCAUGUUUACGUGUACAAGAAGUCGAUCUAUAACGCGACCGAGGAUUGCUUCUGGUACACAAAUGCACUGGAAGCGCCUUCCGCCAACUUCGCUACAACACUAAAGAGGGAGAUGCUACGUUCUGAGGAUGAGCUCAAGAAAGCUCUCAUGUCUGAGAAAAGACACAGUAAUAUUUUCAUCAUUUGUGGCCGUCUUGAUGACGUGAUUUCAAUCAAGGCCAAAGUGGGCAAUAUUCACCGAGAUACCAUGUUCAUUCUUGUGGACAUUUACAACCCUGAGUAUUAUGUCAAUACUACUUCCAGUCAGGGCAUGCACGAUGUCCUGGUCAUCACUCUCCCACAGAGAAACUACGACUACGGCUCGAGUUUACCCUAUAACGACACGAUCAAUGACUAUGUGGCUGGUUAUCAUGACGGCGCUCUCCUGUUUGGUAAAGUGCUCAGGGAGAGGAUGCUCAGUCAGCAGAGUAACCAAAGCAACCACCAGUCUAGGUGCAAACUGGAAUGUUUGCUGCACGCAGGUAUGGGAGGUCACUACGUGCUGGACGAGUACGGUGACAGAGAUGUUAACUUCUCGAUGAUUUACACAUCGACUCUUACCGGCAAGUAUGAGACUCUGCUAGUAUUUGACACAUCGAAGAAUGAAUCUAGGGUGGCCGAAAAUUAUGAUCUGCAUUGGAAAGGAAAUCGCCUGCCCAACGAUGUACCAGAUGAUUCACACGGCUUGACCAUGCAGGAUGUAAUUGUGAUCGUUCUGAGCCUCAGUGUUGUCGUGGUGACUGCCAUCGCGCUCAUCUUCUACAAGCAGAACAGAAAAGAACGCCAAAUGCAGAAAAAGUGGUCUCACAUCAACCCUCACCUGAUUGGGCCGUUGGAUGAGAAGGAGGUCUCCCUAAAGAUUGAUGAAGACAAGAGAAAGGACAGCACGUUCUACUCACGUCGAGGCCGCUAUGACAAAAAGCCAGUUAUCUUGAAAGAGCUGCGACAAACUGAUGGAGACCUCACAGAGGACCAGAAGAUUGAGCUGAACACUCUGCUGCAUAUCGAUUACUACAACUUGACUAAGUUCUAUGGCACGGUGAAGUUUGAGUAUGCCGUGUUCGGAGUGUUUGAGCUGUGCCAGAGGGGCUCCCUCAGGUACAUUCUGAACGACAGAAUCUCCUACCCAGACGAAACCUUCAUGGACAGGGAGUUUAAAAUAUCGGUCAUGUAUGACAUAGCAAAGGGCAUGUCAUAUCUCCAUUCCAGCAAUAUCGAAGUCCACGGGCGCCUGAAGUCCACCAACUGCGUGGUAGACAACCGCAUGGUGGUCAAGAUCACCGACUUUGGCUGCCACACCAUCCUGAGGCCAGGCAGAGAUGUAUGGACCGCCCCGGAGCACCUCCGUAGAGAUGGGGUCUCUCAAAAAGGAGACGUCUACAGCUAUGGCAUCAUCGCACAUGAAAUCAUUCUGAGGCAGGCUCCGUUCUACACGCAGCACUAUUUGAGUCGUGCAGAAAAGAUGUACAGGGUGCAGUAUCCCAAUGAGAUGGGUGUCUUUAGGCCGGAACUCCACUUUGAUGGCGUGUCAGACAAAGAUAUCGAGUUGCACAUGCUGAUAAAGAACUGCUGGGACGAAGAUCCGGAACGGAGGCCAGAUUUCAAGAAAAUCGAGUUAACUCUGCGUAAGAUUUUCAGCAACUUGCACAAUCAAGCCACAGAAACAUACAUGGACAACCUGAUCCGUCGCCUCCAGAUGUACUCGAGGACUUUGGAAAAUCUGGUGGAGGAGAGGACGUCCUUGUACAAGGCUGAGAGGGACCGAGCAGACCGCCUUAACUUCAUGCUACUUCCUGGCCCGGUGGUGCGCUCGCUGAAGGAGACGGGCAGAGUGGAGCCGGAGCUCUAUGAAGAGGUGACGGUGUAUUUCAGCGACAUUGUUGGAUUCACCACCCUUUGCCACUACAGCACUCCCAUGGAAGUGGUGGACAUGCUCAAUGAGAUCUACAAGAACUUUGACAGCGUCCUUGACCACCACGAUGUUUACAAGGUGGAGACCAUCGGCGAUGCGUACAUGGUUGCGUCGGGUCUGCCUAAACGCAAUGGGGACAGGCAUGCGGUGGACAUUGCACACAUGGCGCUGGACAUUUUAUCAUUUGUUGGGACGUUUGAGCUGCAGCACUUGCCCGGCAUUCCUCUCUGGAUACGUAUUGGUGUGCAUUCAGGUCCUUGUGCUGCUGGAGUAGUGGGGAACAAGAUGCCCCGCUACUGUCUAUUCGGCGAUACGGUCAACACGGCAUCACGAAUGGAGUCCACGGGCCUACCUCUGAGAAUCCAUAUAAGUAAGUCCACCAUCAACAUCCUGCAAAGGACCGAUUGUAAAUUUGAGUAUGAGCAGAGAGGAGAAACGUACCUGAAGGGCAAAGGCAAAGAGAUGACUUACUGGUUAACCGGAGUAACUGGAGGCAAAUACAAUCUACCCACACCACCAACAGCGGAGAACUGCCAGCGACUGCAGCAAGACUUAGCAGAGAUGAUCGUGUCCAGCCUGGAAAAGCGCGGCAAAGGCAGAGAGAGCUUUGAAAAGAGGAAAACGUUGUCCACCAGACGGCGAGAAACCAGCAGCAGCCUGCAGGGAGAGAGCUCCCCCGAAUACUUCCACCUGGCUGUCACCGACAACACCAGUACUUAUCUGUGAUGACAGAGUACCGCGCCGUUCGGCGUCAGCCAUAAUCUGCACCUGUUUGAAUGAACGCUGCUCGACGGGGACAGAGCUGCAGUGACUCGCGCGGGAAUGUGGAAACUGAGACUCGGAGUAUGCCCAUGCGGUGAAAAGUCAUUAUUUUUGCAUCGCGGUCAUUCUUUACAGGCAGCUGCCUCCAGCACAUUCUUCUUGCAGUAACCUUCGAAAAAGAACAAGGAUGGAAUUUGACAUGACAUGACAAAAGCAGCGCCAUUAUUUAAAGAACACGACUGGGCAUCCUACUCUGAUAAGUAGUAUGCAUAGUAUGCUAAUUAACGGUUUGGUAUUGUUGUCUAGAAUAACUCUAAGGUUGGGACUAGCUUGAUUUAAGCAUUCACCCAGAUUCCGAGAGAUUGCAAGUGUAUAUAUUUAACGAGGUAUUCACAGCCACAUGAGUCAAAUCAACACAAUAACAAAAAAAUGAAUCAAAAAGAGCAGUACAGACAAAAGAGGAGUGUGCAAACAGUCCUCAUCUUGAAAACAAUUCCUUCCUACUUUGUAAAACUAUAAACACACACAUUGAAGGCUUCGGUGCACCUUCAUGCAGUGGUUGCUUCUUAUCAGUGAUAUUUGUCCGUCGCAGAAAUUGCUAAGCCAUCGACCAUUCCGCGUGUUCCAUUUUUAAUGUUAUAAAUUGCAGCGGUGCCAAAAAUCCAUCGGGAUUCAUU